GGUUGUUAACGCUCAGUGUUCUGCAGGACUGAGCCAGGAUUUGAAUCCAGGAAAUCUGAUUCAGUCUAUUAUCUAAUGAUAAAGUAUAAAAGUAAGAGAUAUAAUGAGAUUAGUAUAAAAUGACCGUAGAGGUGUGAGAAGGUUGGCAAAGCACAAAGCCUUUCGAGGGCCGAGACAACUGACCUAUGAAGUCUGAACGCACUGUAUUAUUUUCCACCCGUCCACGUUUUAUUUUCUACACGCUUAAGUUCUGCUUCUCAUUUUUAAGUCAUUUCAUUGCCAGCGGCUUGGUCCCUUAGGCCUGACACUGACCCUGAAAUUAAGGAGCGAAAAUAAAUCAGCGUUGGGGUGGGGCAAACCCACGUGGUAACCACGGUAACACGGGUAGGGCUAGAAUCCUGCGCAAGCGCGUUACAUCCCAGGUCCGCCAGCCCACCGCUGGGCUGCCAGCCUGAGUCCCUCCUCUCUGCCUCAGACUCCUAGGGCGGGCCCGGCAGGGGAGGGAGAGCGAGGCCGGGGCUGAGCGCCUGCGCAGUGGCUGGGGCGCUGGUGUGAUCGAGCUCACGUAGCGAGGGCCGCCGCCGCGGCCUAGAGGUUAUAAAAGGGCUAACUGGCUCCCUCUGCUGCCCAGUUGCGCCGCCAGCGGGCUGAGGGGAGGGAGAAGGUAGCCAGCCCGGGUGCAGGCUACAGGGGACCCAAGAGCGCGCCACCAUCCUGUCCCACUUUACAGAUUUGUGAACCUAUAAAGUUAAAUCUUCCAAGAUGAUCUGGUGUAUUUUAAUUGUAGGGAGUCUACUUCCCGACUCUUUGGCCCAUCCAGGCUUUUUUACUUCAAUUGGUCAGAUGACUGAUUUGAUCCAUACUGAGAAAGAUCUGGUGACUUCUCUGAAAGAUUAUAUUAAGGCAGAAGAAGACAAAUUAGAACAAAUAAAAAAAUGGGCAGAGAAGUUAGAUCGGUUAACCAGCACGGCAACAAAAGAUCCGGAAGGAUUUGUUGGACAUCCUGUAAAUGCAUUCAAGUUAAUGAAACGUCUAAACACUGAGUGGAGUGAGUUGGAGAAUUUGGUACUUAAGGAUAUGUCAGAUGGCUUUAUCUCUAAUCUAACCAUUCAGAGACAGUACUUCCCUAAUGAUGAAGAUCAAGUUGGGGCAGCCAAAGCUCUGUUGCGUCUCCAGGACACCUACAAUUUAGAUACAGAGACCAUCUCAAAGGGUAAUCUUCCGGGAGUAAAACACAAAUCUUUUCUAACAGCUGAGGACUGCUUUGAGUUGGGCAAAGUAGCUUAUACAGAAGCAGAUUAUUACCAUACAGAACUGUGGAUGGAACAAGCACUAAGGCAACUGAACGAAGGCGAGGUUUCUACUAUAGAUAAAGUCUCUGUUCUGGACUAUUUGAGCUAUGCAGUAUACCAGCAGGGAGACCUGGAUAAGGCACUUUUGCUCACAAAGAAGCUUCUUGAACUAGAUCCUGAACAUCAGAGAGCUAAUGGUAACUUAAAAUAUUUUGAGUAUAUAAUGGCUAAAGAAAAAGAUGUCAAUAAGUCUUCUUCAGAUGACCGAUCUGAUCAGAAAACCACACCAAAGAAAAAGGGGGUUGCUGUGGAUUACCUGCCAGAGAGACAGAAGUACGAAAUGCUGUGCCGUGGGGAGGGUAUCAAAAUGACUCCUCGGAGACAAAAAAAACUCUUCUGCCGCUACCAUGAUGGAAAUCGGAAUCCUAAAUUUAUUCUGGCUCCAGCCAAACAGGAGGAUGAGUGGGACAAGCCUCGUAUUAUUCGCUUCCAUGAUAUUAUUUCUGAUGCAGAAAUUGAAAUUGUCAAGGACCUAGCAAAACCAAGGCUGAGGCGAGCCACCAUUUCAAACCCAAUAACAGGAGACUUGGAGACGGUACAUUACAGAAUUAGUAAAAGUGCCUGGCUCUCUGGCUAUGAAAAUCCUGUGGUGUCUCGAAUUAAUAUGAGAAUACAAGAUCUAACAGGACUAGAUGUUUCCACAGCAGAGGAAUUACAGGUAGCAAAUUAUGGGGUUGGAGGACAGUAUGAACCCCAUUUUGACUUUGCACGGAAAGAUGAGCCAGAUGCUUUCAAAGAGUUGGGCACCGGAAAUAGAAUUGCUACAUGGCUGUUUUAUAUGAGUGAUGUAUCUGCAGGAGGAGCCACUGUUUUUCCUGAAGUAGGGGCUAGUGUUUGGCCCAAAAAAGGAACUGCUGUUUUCUGGUAUAAUCUGUUUGCCAGUGGAGAAGGAGAUUACAGUACACGGCAUGCAGCCUGUCCAGUGCUAGUUGGAAACAAAUGGGUGUCCAAUAAAUGGCUCCAUGAACGUGGACAAGAAUUUCGAAGACCAUGCACCUUGUCAGAAUUGGAAUGACAAACAGGCUUCCCUCCCUCUUCUGUUGACGUGCUCUAAUGUGUCUGAUACACACAUUUCCUAGUCUUAACUUCCAAGAGUUUACAAUUGACUAACACUCCAUGAUUGAUUCAGUCAUGAACCUCAUCCCAUAUUUCAUCUGUGAACAAUCACUUUGUGGGUUUUUUCCUGUUAAAAGUAACACUAAAUCACCACACAUUAUACUAUAUAUAAAACAUUAAAGUUCAAUUAGUAUCACAGAAACAGGGCAGAGUUUAAAAUGAGGAAUUUUUAAUUUUGUGCUAUAUUUUAAAGAACUUUUUGGUUGGAUAAAAAAUAGAAUUUCACUACAUCUCAGUUGGAUGGUAGGCUAGAAUCGGCCAUGUGAUAGGAAACACCUACCUUACAGUAUAUAUCUGGGUGUUAUGUUUACCUAGCCUUACUGUUUAUUUUCUGGAUCUGCCUAAUAAUCUAGGACUCUAAUAUGGGUUCUCUACAGUGUUUUCUCUUCCAUACAGUAUUCUAACUUGAUUUUUUUUUUCUUCCAUCCCUUUCUAGUCUAUCAUAGCUCCUCUGUGGUGAAUUUAACCUGUUUGAGUUAAAGUACUUUGAUUUAAAAAAAAAAAAAGUUUUUACGAAGUCCUAUAUAACAAUACUGGGCCUUCUUAACCAAAA